CACGGAUAAAACAGGAAGCGGGUUUGUGCAGCUUAACCUGUUCUCCUUUUCUCACUUUUUUCUAUUUACUCUCUUUUUUUUAAACUGAGGAGGAAGAAGCUAAUUUUUUCCUGAUUUUUAUGUUCUUCUCUGAUUAAUGUGGCCCCUGGAUAUUUACUAAUCAGGAAACAUUCGCCCCUGAAUGCACUAUGUCGACAGACGAGUCGUAUAAUUACGUCUACAAAGGUGAGUGGAAUUUAUUUAAGCUGUGAUUGUGUGGGGAAGGAUUUAACACACAGAGCAGGUAUGUUUUUCUGUCAGGUGUAACUCUGGCUGUGCCCCGAUUAUAGAAAAAGGAGGAAGUGAUACCUCUGUGUGUAUUUGUCUACUUGACCCUUGACCUUUUGAUCAUAGGCGCUUUCCUUUCUUCUACACAAAGACCAUCCAGCAGCUUUAUGUGUAUUUUCCUAAUUGAAUUCAACAACCUAUGACUUCCCAUUCCAGUCAUUCCUCAUAGAAGUCAACCACAGGGUAGAUCUGCCAUGUUUGUGUCAUGUCACGGUGUGUGACGUCUCAUGAGGGUGAUAGAAAGUCAAAGACACGUGUUCCCAGAGAUAAAAGAUAGGAAUCCUUUUGCUGGAUAAUCUAGGUCUGACUCAUUAAAAGUUGUAUUUCUGCUCUGAUGUGUGCUUAAAACAGUCUCUUACAAGCCCUGAUGUGGUGAUAAGGUAUUUCAAAUGAGUGUCUCCUCUCUGUGCCUGUUCAGUGGUUUUGAUAGGGGAGUCUGGGGUAGGAAAGAGCAACCUCUUGUCACGUUUUACCAAGAAUGAGUUCAACCACGACAGUCGCACCACCAUCGGUGUCGAGUUCAGCACGCGGACCGUUCAGAUAGAAAACAUAACCAUCAAAGCCCAAAUCUGGGACACUGCAGGACUGGAGCGCUACAGGGCCAUCACCUCAGCGUGAGUACACAAUCACACACGUCAAACCUUCUCCGUGUGUGUCAAUCAAUCCCAGGUUUAACCCUGUUUGUGCCGUCUCUGUGGGACUCAGGUAUUAUAGAGGAGCAGUUGGAGCGCUGUUGGUCUACGACAUCACCAAACAUCUGACCUAUGAGAGCGUGGAGCGAUGGCUGAAAGAGCUGCUGGAUCAUGGAGACCAGCACAUUGUUGUCAUGCUGGUGGGGAAUAAGACAGACCUGGGGACACUCAGGACGGUGCCCACAGAGGAGGCCAGAGCCUUUGCAGGUGGGUCCAUUUAACAACAUUACUAGAGGGUGCAUGGUGCUGCAGUGGUCAAGAUGAUUGAAUCCCAGCAAAGUUCAAAACCCUGACUCUGCAGGGGCCUUUCUGUGGGGAGUUUGAAUGUUCUCCAAGGGUACUCCAGUUUUCUCCCAUGAACUAAAAACAUGCUUUAGAUGGCUGUAUACAACAUCAUAAAUUCAAUGCACAGUCAUCGUGGCCAUAAAGUAUCCCAAUAACAAUACGAAUGUGUUAUUUUGGGGAAACGGAGAAUCAAGUCAAAUUGAGGUCAGACAAACAAGUGUGGAGCAAAACCUUCCUUGUCAUGCUAUUUAUUUUGUAAAGUUGUGCUUUUACUUAAAAAUAUGCCACUUCUGGUAUAUUGUAAAUUACAACUGGACCAAAUGAUGUGAGUGAAUGAUAUGAGUUGAAAUAUUUACUUAACCAGUAGCCCAAAGAACAAACUCAAAUGUUGUUUUUGUAUCAUAAUUAAGCUUUUAAAUCAGUUUUAAAAGUGUCUUGUCAUCUCUAACUUUGAGUAUGAUACUGCAUAAAAAAUUAGGAAGUAAUCAGACACAAAAGCCACAUUUAAAUACUCAUGCACAAAGUUCAAGUGUGGCAUUUUAGCACACGAGUGCUAAUAAAAAUCCCUCUUAUUCGAUCAAAUGUUUAGCCCAUUGUAUAAGUGGUAUACUUUUAGUUUUUUGAGUGCUAUUCCUUUAUUAUUUGUUCAAAAAUUUUAGCACCUACCAAAGAGUGUGUUUAACAGCCUGUUUCAUGUUAAUGUAAUCUUUGUCUUUUGUUUAAACUUAGAGAAAAAAGGUCUCAUGUUCAUUGAGACGUCAGCGUUGGAUUCCACCAAUGUUGAAGCUGCGUUCAAUGAAAUCCUCACAGGUAAAGAAGCUUGGUCCAUGUACCCUAACACCCUCACCUCAGCUCCUGUCUUUGACUCUCCAUCUAAUGUGUCCUCUCUUUUCUAUGUCCAGUGAUCCACAGGAAAGUGACCAGCAGAGAGGUGACCCGUGGCUCCAUCUGUGCUGUGACCCUGUCCGGCCCCAUCGGGCCUAUUGGAGAGGCCAAGGAGGAGAGCGGGGGCUGCUGUAAGAGCUCCUAA